UCUAUGCAUUCACUUCGAUAGCCUUACCUCAGUCAUCAACAUGGCGAGCGUCCUAAUUGACAAAUUUCUCUUUGGAGUUUUCUUUUUUCUUACACUCCAAUUCAAUGUAUGGUGUUCAAAUCGUAUGUUGGAACCAAACCUGAGAAUAGCAGCAUUCAACUUGAAAGUAUUCGGAGAUAAAAAGUUGCAAAACAGUGACGUUGUUAAUAUUCUCGUGAAGAUCAUCAAACGAUACGAUAUCACUAUCGUCCAAGAAAUAAGAGAUAUAGAUGGAUCGUCCUUCAAAACACUGAUGGAAAAACUAAAUAGUCAAGCGAUGGAUCCAGAGUAUGCCAGCGUAUUGAGUGACCGCCUUGGUAAGACUAAUAGCAAAGAAGAGUACGGAAUGAUAUACAGGAAGGGCCUCGUCCUUUUGGUCGACACGUACCAGUACCCAGACCCAAGUUACACAUUUUUUGAGAGACCACCGUUUGCAUUUAGAGUUCGCACGAACGCAGUCGAUUUAGAUGAGUUUGCAAUCAUUGCUAUUCACACCAAGCCCGAGAAUGCUGUUGAGGAAAUAAAAAAACUCGUCGAUGUAUACCAGAACACCAGUGAUCACUGGAACGGCUUAAAGAACAUCCUAAUCGCCGGAGACUUCAACGCUGGCUGCAGGUAUGUGACUGCUUCCGAGAUGAAGACCAUUGCUCUCCGAAAUGACCCGAGUUAUACCUGGCUUAUUGGUGAUAAUGUUGAUACUACAACCUACAACAGUGACUGUGCUUACGACAGAUUUGUGGUUGCUGGCGAUGCAUUAAAAGCUGCCAUUGUACCAGGGACUGCACGUGUAUUCAGGUUUGAUGAGGAGUACAAACUAACGGAGGAAGAGACGAAGGAUGUCAGUGAUCAUUAUCCUAUUGAAGUUGACAUUAGAGGGAAAGUUGACCGGUCCGAACUCGAUAAAUUUCACAGUUACAUGUCGAUGUCCUUUCAAGAUAUAACAGUUCACCCAAAAUCAGCAAUCGAACAGAUAACAAGAUCACUUGUUUUCAAGAAAAAUGGAUUUAGCAUUUCGUAUGAGAUGAGCAGCAAGGUCAGAGCACAUGCCAAGGCCUCUUUAGACAACAAGACGAAAUCCGAGAUCUUGACAACACUGGAACGCAUCCACAAAGAUAGCUCUCCGCUUAUUACCGAACAAGUCCUCGAGCUGACAGAACUGUACCUAAAUUCACCCAUCAUGAAUGGCAUCCCAGGGGCUCACGGUUUCCUUGUUCCCUACAAUGGUAAUACGUAUACUUUUGUAUUGUCCUGUGAAUGGGACGGGCAAAAUCGAUGUAGCUUUAAACUUUCACGCGGUAUCGACACAUUCAACAGCGUCACUUAGAAGUUCAAUAUAUGACUCAAGAUCACAGUAAAAUACUUCCGACGGUAGAAUACAGAUCAUCUAAAUUGAACUACAAUGUACCUCGCAUAUCACAAUUUUAUGUAACCACAAUGUGACUUUCUGUUAAUUUUUCCUGCUAUGAUAUGUUACCAGAGUGUAACAUCCUGAUAAUAUUACCUGCUAUGAGAUGUUACCAGAGUGUAACAUCCUGAUAUUAUUACCUGCAGUGAUAUUGACGAUUUUAAUCGUUAAUCAUGAGGAAAUAAUUAAAAUAGCAUGUCAAGAAAUUACGCUUAAGUACUAGGUGAAGGGUGUCAUGUCGGGUCCUUAAAGUUACUCUUACAUUAUAACAUGAUAUUUGUUAAUGUGUAUGUGUCAAAAAAUAUAUAAUAACCAGAAUAAACAUUUACAGUACAACACCUGUUUACAUAUUUAAUAAGUACUUUGAUUUUAUUUAAUAUUUGUUUCUCAAAAAUUUGUUAGGUAUCUGACAUCUGCUUUAAUUCUGCUAACAAUAAUAUUCCAUGAGAAAAUCCAUACUACAAAGUAUCAUUAUUAGGGUGACACUAUUUCCCUCCUAGUUUUUGUUGUGAUAUUCGUGACAUUUGUACAAUUACUGUAGUUACUCUUCAUCAUAUUACUAUAUAUAUAUGAGUCAGCGUGAAAAGGAGACCCAGCGUAAAAGCUUUUGUAAAAUUCGACUGUAAUAAACAU